AUGGCCAACAAUGUAUCAUUUAGACAAAUCGUCAGUGAUUUUUCUUUCUCCAAUUCAUCACCAUUUGCAAAACUUUUGGAGUUUUGUGCCCAAUCGAAGUCAGCACGCGAAACACGUCGCAUCCAUGCCCGUAUUAUCAAAACCCAGUUUUCCUCCGAGAUCUUUAUACAGAAUAGGCUCAUUGACGUGUAUGGAAAAUGUGGAUGUUUGGAUGAUGCGCAUAGAGUGUUCGAUAAAAUGACUAUGAAGAACACAUUCACUUGGAAUUCAAUGAUUAGCGCAUUUAUAGUAUCGGGUCUUCUUGAUGAAGCUAAGUGGGUACUCAGAUCAAUGCCUGAGCCUGAUCAGUGCUCAUGGAAUUCGAUGAUUUCAGGUUUUGCUCAGCAUAAUCGGUUUGAGGAAUCGCUUGAAUAUUUUGUUAGAAUGCAUAAGGAGGGCUUUGGUUUUAAUGAGUACUCAUAUGGUAGUGCUCUUAGCGCUUGUGCAGGGUUAAGGGAUGUGAAAACAGGCACACAGAUUCAUGGUGUUGUGUCAAAAACUCCGUUUUUGUUGGAUGUUUAUAUGGGGUCUGCGCUUAUUGAUAUGUAUGCAAAAUGUGGGAAUGUGGGUUGUGCUCAAAAUAUUUUUGAUGGGAUGAGUGAGCGGAACAUUGUAUCUUGGAACUCUUUGAUUACGUGUUACGAACAGAAUGGGCCAGCAAGUGAGGCUAUUAAGAGUUUCACGAGGAUGAUGGAUUCAGGACUUGAUCCAGAUGAGGUUACACUGGCCAGUGUUGUGAGUGCAUGUGCGAGCUUGUCAGCAAUCGCAGAAGGUAAGCAAAUCCAUGCUCGAGUUGUGAAGUUUGAUGAAUUUCAAGAUGAUCUUAUUUUAUGCAAUGCAUUGGUUGAUAUGUAUGCAAAAUGCAAUAAAAUAAAUGAAGCAAGAUGGAUUUUUGAUAGGAUGCCAAUAAGAAAUGUGGUGUCUGAAACCUCCAUGGUAAGUGGGUAUGCGAAAUCAGUGAGUGUAAAAACAGCCAGACUAAUGUUUACAAAGAUGAUGGAGAGGAAUGUUGUAUCUUGGAAUGCACUUAUUGCAGGCUAUACCCAGAAUGGGGAUAAUGAAGCAGCAUUAGGACUCUUCCGCCUUCUAAAGAGGGAAGCUGUAUGGCCUACACAUUAUACCUAUGGAAAUCUCCUCAAUGCUUGUGCAAAUCUAUCUGAUCUCAAAAUUGGCAGGCAAGCUCACACCCAUGUAUUGAAACAUGGAUUACGGUUCGAGUAUGGACCGGAGCCUGAUAUUUUUGUGGGGAACUCUCUCAUAGACAUGUAUAUGAAAUGUGGAUCAGUUAAAGAUGGUAGUCAGGUCUUUGCAAAAAUGAUUGAUAGAGAUUGGGUUUCUUGGAAUGCCAUGAUAGUUGGGUAUGCACAAAAUGGGCAUGAGAUUGAAGCUCUUGGAAUGUUUAGGGAAAUGUUGGUAUGUGGAGAGAAACCAGACCAUGUCACUAUGAUUGGCGUUCUUUGUGCUUGUAGCCAUGGUGGGCUGGUUGAGGAGGGUCGUCAUUUUUUCUUAUCAAUGAGCAAGGAACAUGGUUUGGAACCCUUGAAGGACCAUUAUACAUGUAUGGUUGAUUUGCUUGGCCGUGCUGGUUGCCUUGAUGAAGCAAAAAAUUUAAUAAAAUCAAUGCCAAUGCAGCCUGAUGGAGUUGUAUGGGGAUCUUUACUCGCUGCUUGUAAAAUUCAUGGUGACAUUGAGUUAGGAAAGUUUGUUGCUGAGCAGCUCCUAGAGAUUGAUCCAGGAAACUCUGGUCCAUAUGUCCUACUCUCUAACAUGUAUGCAGAACUUAGAAAAUGGAAGGACGUUAUUAGAGUUCGGAAGCUUAUGAGGCAGAGGGGCAUUAUUAAGCAGCCAGGUUGCAGUUGGAUUGAAAUUCAAAGCCAGAUGCACGUAUUCAUGGUGAAAGAUAAAAGACAUCCUCAAAAGAAGGAAAUCUAUCAACUCUUGAAAACUCUAACAAAACUAAUGAAGCUUUCUGGGUAUGUCCCUGAUAUUGGUCAUUUGGAGUCGGAUGAGGAACAAAACAACUUAGAUUAUAUCUCAUCUGAAGAAUUUGAUAAACCUUUAAUUGUUGCCGUUGCAUGA